GUUAGCAUGGCUGUGGUUCUCGCGCCGGAUCUCUCCGUGUCGAAGCUCUGCCUAGGAACCAUGACAUUUGGUGAGCAGAACAGCUAUAGUGAAUCCGCCAAGCUCUUGAGCAUCGCUACACAAGCUGGAAUCAACUUCUUCGACACGGCAGAGAUGUACCCGGUGCCUCAAAGAGCUCAAACUCAUGGAAAGAGUGAGGUCUACCUCGGUCGAUGGAUCAGAGAGAGUAACAUUGCCAGGGACAAGAUUGUGAUAGCGACCAAGGUAGCUGGGCCUUCGGGACAAAUGACUUGGAUUCGUGGAGGACCACACUCUUUGGACAAGAAUAAUAUCAAGGCGGCUAUUGACACAAGCUUGCAGCGACUUUGCUUGGAUCAUAUUGAUCUCUAUCAGAUACAUUGGCCUGAUCGCUAUACACCGAUGUUUGGAGAAGUUGAUUACGAUCCUUCACGCCGUAUCAAAGCAGUUCCUGUGGACGAGCAGCUGCAAGCUUUGUCUGACGCUGUAGACGCUGGCAAGAUAAGAUACAUUGGAGUUAGCAAUGAAACUCCUUACGGUCUCAUGGAAUUCUGCCGGGCUUCUCGCGGGAACAGGCUGCCUCGAGUUUUAUCGAUCCAAAAUGCAUAUAGCCUCCUGUGUCGAACCUUUGAUUAUGGUCUCGCCGAAUGCUGCCAUCACGAAAGCAUAAACCUCCUGGCUUACAGUCCUUUGGCAAUGGGUUUGCUAACUGCGAAAUAUCUUGAAGAUGGUGGAGGUCCGGCUGAUGCUCGUUUAAAUCUUUAUAAAGGACGCUACACCGAGGCAGAAUGCCGGUAUGAUCUUGGAAAACCCAAUCUGUUACCGGCUGUCAAGGUACGUACAUUUCGGAUUUUCUUCCAAACUAUUUCGUUUCAGGCAUACGUAGAGAUUUCUAAGAAUUAUGGCAUCACCCCCGUGGAGCUUGCUAUAGGUUUUGUACUAAGGCAUCCACUGGUUGCAAGUGCUGUGAUUGGAGCUACAAAGGACUAUCAGCUAAUGGAUAUAGUGAAAGCAGCUGCUAUCACACUAACAGAUGAAAUGGUGGAGGAGAUAGAUGCUGUUCACAGCAGAUUCCCGAAUCCAGCUCCGUAGAGAAACGAGAACUACGUCGACGUCUCCUUAUUUGCUCUCGUGUAGAUCAAACUUUGGAUUUGCACAGGGCUUGGACGCUAUGGCUGGUUCUACCACUUCCAGAGGUGCUUGUAUCCUCCCAAAGUGUUCAUACCAGAUGCCGGACGAAAUCCAGCGUGUGCUCAAGUCCGCUGGAAGUUUGGAGGCUUACUUUCGCUGGAUCACGUGAAGAUUGGAGACUUGGUGUGCAGGGGUGUUGAUGGACACGAGCUCUCAGGCUAUGGCGAUCUUGCGGAAGGUCUUGCUGGGGGGCUGCAAGGAUAAGCUCCCAAUCCAUGGCGCAGUAUCACACUCCGGCCAGAGCUGAUCGCAUUGCAAAUGCUUGGAAAUUUUGGUGCUUGCAAAAGAAAUGGAAGGAAGAACCUUCAAGAUUCAUCUCCA